GCUCGAGCAGGGAUGGAAAGUGUUGCUUGCUGCUGCUGGCUGGCUACCUAAGUGACUGCAUUUUCUGUUAGUAAUCUGUCAUUGUUUACAGGCUGUGGAUAUUGUGUUGACAGGAACCUCCGUUUCUGCUUGUGAGAUAACUUUGUUACAACCUAAGAUAGUAUUUUCCUCUGCAGUCAAUUUAUAUUUUUUACCGCCAUGAGCUUGUCAGAAGGUUUCUCCUUGGACGACAUCAUGAAGUUGUCUCUGAAGCAAGACGAGGGGAAGGAGCCCAAAGUGGAGGAUCUCGCACAGAAACUGAGGAAACUUCAGCAAGCCAAAAGAGCCCUGGAAGAGGAGUUACUUGAGGCGCAAACUCUGAAGGACAAUCUGCACCAUGAAGAAGAGAACUUGUGCGCAGAGUCCUUUCAGCUGGAAGUAACCCUCAAAGAGAAGGAAGAGUCGCUGAGGGUGCUGCAGUUCAAGUGUGAGGAGAUGGACCAGGAUUCACAGAGGCAACAGCAGCAGAGCAAGCAGAAAGAAGAGCGGGUGGAGCAGUACAGGUGUCAGAUACAGGAGGCCACUUUUAAACACCGCAAGACCAGGAUGAAGUUUGAGAAUCAACUGCAGCAGCUAAUGGGCCAACACAAGAACCUCUUUGCUAUGUUUCUUCCUGAGAGGCUCCCAGCUGAGAUCCUUACUGCAGAGAAUACCACAGCUCAGCUCCUGAAAGCCGAGAAGCUGAGGAUGGAGCAGCUUGCUGAGCAGCAGCAGGAUCUGAGUGACAUAGAGAAGAUAUCGAGGCCCAUCGAAAUCGAUAUGGAGUUGCUCACCACAGAGGUGUGAAGAGGGUCCUAACCAGCAUCCCUGAUGUGUGAGCCUCUCUCAAGCACCCAAUGACACACAAUCUCUGAAAAAAACGUGUAAAUCGUAUAUGUAAUGAGCUGCACCGUCACAUGCUGUCAGGAGUUUUUAAACUGAACUGUUUGCCUUGCCAGUAAGUCAUUUUGUAUUAAGUAAGUGAUAUGUUGUAAAUGCUGUUCACAUUUAUUUAUUCUAUGAAAACUACAAUACAUUUAUAUUUAAAAAAAAUGAAUUGAACACUGUCCUUUCCUCCUCUUAGCACUUAUUAGGUAUUAUUUUGAGUAAAGGUAACAGAGAUCCUACGGGAGAAGAACUUCAAGUUCUCCGGACUAUACAACCAUUUCUGUGACAUGCUGUGAUUAUAUUCAUCAUCAUCGUCAUCAUAUAAUAAUUAUACAUAAUAUAAAGUAAUUCAAAAGGUUAUUAUCCAUACAUCUUGAAAAUAGACACACAAAAAUGUUACAAUGGGAAAAUGCACAUUUAAUUUUUAUUUAUUUUUUUCAUUUGCAAAAGAGUGCCAUAUAAAACAACUGCUCUAAAUUCCUACACCAUUAUGGUACUGCGCACCAUAGACAUAGGAUAUACGUACAUACAUGUCUUUGCUGUUCACCGCUCAGCAACGCCAGGUUCCCUGUUACACUUUUUGUUUCCAUUAACAAAGAUACAACAGCGUACACGCUAAGAUCAGCUGUAGCUGCGCCAACUGCACAUCAGUCUAACUGUCCUUUAAAAAAAAACUCUUUCAUAAAAGUUUGACUAUGUCGUCCCUCGUCGCAAAUGACAGUUGUCUUUUCCCCUUGAGCAUGACUGGAAAAAAACAAAACAAAAAAACGGAAGCAUAAGCAGACUGGUCCCUGGUC